CAAGCAAAGCUGCCAACCUGGUCCCUGGGUUUGACUGCUUCUCUUCCUCUCCACCUCUUCCUUGCGCGCGCGGGCUCUCCACUCCAUCCAUCGUCUCACCGGAGUGCCUGGCCGCCGGCCCUCCUCCCCCUUCAUCCACUCCUUCCGCUCCUCUUGCCUUCCACCCUCUUCCAAUCCCACGCUCCACCCUCGACGCAACCAGACCACCACCUCAACCCGGCCUCUGCUUCACCGUGCCCUCCCAGUCCAACUACCGAUCCGUCUCCCCUCAGUCGUCGCCGCAGGUCCGGCCGGCGCGGAUCCCUGUUCUUCACGUAAAGUUCUUGUUGCUCCUACGCAACAUGGUGUUUAGAUAGUCUGAGCAGUGCUGAUUUUUAACCCUGCGUUGAAUCUUGAAUAGUGUUCAAGGAUCAAUUAAUGUCCUAGAACAUGAAUGAUUCAAGUGGUUCCCAACAUCAGCAUGUCAAUGGAAAGACAAAGCAAUUGCAGUUCGUAGGUUCACCUAUUCUGAACAAUGGACCAAAGCACCGUCCGUUGACUCCCAUGAGACGAUUCCGUGGCAUAGCGUGUGUGGGAACCAUACUGUCAACAGCAUUCCUGCUGAUAGUUUACAUAGCUCCUGUAACUACCUUCCUUGUACGGUUGUUCAGUGUGCAUUACAGCCGAAAGACAACUUCUUUUCUAUUUGGAAUGUGGUUAUCAUUGUGGCCAUUUUUGUUUGAGAAAAUAAACAAGACCAAAGUAGUUUUUUCUGGUGAAAAUGUGCCUCCAGCAAAGCGUGUAUUGUUAUUCGCCAACCACAGAACCGAGGUUGACUGGAUGUACUUGUGGAAUCUUGCAUUGAGGAAAGGCCAAUUGGGAUAUAUCAAGUAUAUCCUAAAGAGCAGCUUGAUGAAACUACCUGUUCUUAGCUGGGCAUUUCAUCUUUUUGAGUUUAUCCCAGUAGAACGAAAAUGGGAGAUUGAUGAAAGAAUUAUACAGAACAGAUUAUCAAAAUUUAGGGACCCCAGGGAUCCUCUAUGGUUGGCAGUUUUUCCAGAAGGCACGGAUUAUACUCAGCAAAAAUGCAUCAAGAGUCAAGAAUAUGCAGUCGAGCAUGGUCUGCCUGUACUAGAGAAUGUCCUUCUUCCGAAAACAAAGGGGUUCAUUAUUUGUUUGGAAGAGCUUAGAAGCUCCUUAGAUGCAGGUAACCAAUCCUACACCCCACCAUAUUUAUUUCUCUGCUAUCAACGAAGUGUUUAAUAUUUUUAAUUUAUCUGCAAAAGUUUCUCUUGUUUAUUUCAUUACCAGCAUUCUACUGAACCAGUAAGUCUGAAUCUACAGUGACCAGUCCUUGGGUGUCAGGACUUGUUCUUGUUACAGAGUAGACAUUCUUAAAACCAAUAAACUUUAUGAUUUUUUAGAUGAGUAUGAAGAAUAUUAGUCAUAUCCUCUUUUCGACUUUAAUGGUAUAUUAUAUAUCUGAUUUAUUUAACAAGGGGUACAUCUUGCACUCCAAACAUACUAAGCAGUGUGUUGAGCACGUCACUAGUAGUCAAACAAAGAACAUCUAGGUUCAGGUGCAGUUCUUUUGAAAUAAGGAAAAUUUUGGCCUCAUGUGCAGUUCUUUUGGAAUAAUGAGAAUUUUGGCCUCAGGUGCAUUUCGAAUUUUAGAAUUUCAGCUCUGCAACUUUACUCUACAAACAAGAGUUACAAGACCAUUACUUGGACUGACAGAAUGGCAACUUACAAGCUCGCUUUAUAAAACACUAUCAUUGACGAAAAAUUAUCUUGCAGAGUUAAAACAUGAAAAAUCAAACAACAUCUAAAUGUCAAAGGGGUGAGAAAUAGCCAAAAUUAUAUAAUACCAAAUUAAGCAUGGUCAAUGGAAGAAAAUGGCUACAAAUGCAGAAAGAAUAUUUCAAGUACAUAAGGGAAGAACAAAUGUACCAGGAAAAAGAAAUGAAUUGUCAUGACAUCUGAAAGAAGUAUUACAAGAAAAUAACAACCGAUCCGUGGAAUUCGUACAAUCUUGGUUAUGGUACUAAAUGUACAUCUGCAGUAAGUUGCAACAUCCUGUAUAAGCUUAAUUCAGUUGAACAAUAAAAAGGACUGCAAAUUUAUCUAGGUGCCAUAUGGUAGGCCACAAGCCCUGUCAGCUGAAGACUGUCUGCUUUAUUAUGCCCCAUGAAU